AGGGGUACGGAGAACGAGGUGUUUGUGGAGCGUUGUUUUUCCACGUCCUAAUUCGACUAUAUUGACAAACGACCGACCCCCUCGUCGGUGAAAACGGCCACGGAGCUAGUGACAAGCCGCGGUGUUGUCUCGGUGGUUUCGCUGCGUUUGAAACGAGCUUUCCUUUCCCGACAUAGCUACGGUCUCGUCGGAGCUUGGCAGGAAACAAUGCCUGGCAAAGCCGCGGUGGCACUAGCGCUUCAGCCCGGUGGAGACGCCACCACCGAGCCGCAGAAGUCAUGCCCUUUCGUGUUGAAAAAGAUUAUGGACAUCCCUCCUCCUAAUAUUCUGGAGGAAGGCGAGGACGAGAUCGAGAAAGAGAAGCUGUGCUCCACUGAGCAUGUGGAAGGAGGUGGGGCCGUGGCAUCCAGUGGUGGUGCAGAUACCAGAGGAGGAGGGGGCGCGAGUAACGGAGGAGGAGGGGUUUCAGCCUCCCUGACCCCCGCCAUCUGGGAGAAGACCAUUCCGUAUGAUGGGGAGACCUUCCACCUGGAGUACAUGGACCUGGACGAGUUCCUCCUGGAGAACGGCAUCCCUGUGAGUCUGGAGGAGGAGGAGCUGCAGAAAACUCUGGCCUCAGUGGAGGGCAAGGGCAAGUCCGCCCCCAAAGUAGUUCACCUCGCUACUGCCGCCCCCCCGGCUGCCGAAGACGCCGUCGACACCUCAGCAUCUCCCCCCUCUCCCUCUGCGGCCACGUCCGACCCAGAGGAAACUGUGACGGUCACCACGUUACAACCAGCUAAACUGGAAGAGGAGGAGGAGGAGGAGGAAGAAGAAGAGGAGGAAAACGAACAGGAGGAGGAGGAGGAGGAGGAAGGACAAGAACAGGAACCUGAGGAGACGACAGCAGAAGUGGAAGUGAAGAAAAAAGCUCGCAACACGCCGUCCCCCAUUGAUCCCGAGGCCAUCGAGGUGGACAUCAACUUCCAGCCGGACCCCACAGACCUGGUCCUGUCCAGCGUGCCGGGGGGAGAGCUUUUCAACCCCCGCAAGCACAAGUUCUCCGACGAGGAUCUGAAACCACAGCCCAUGAUCAAGAAGGCCAAGAAAGUGUUUGUGCCAGAUGAGCAGAAGGAUGACCGGUACUGGUCCCGGAGGAAGAAGAACAACCUGGCGGCCAAGCGUUCCCGUGACGCGCGGCGGCUGAAGGAGAACCAGAUAACGGUGCGCGCCUCCUUCCUGGAGCGGGAGAACGCGGCGCUGAGGCAGCAGGUGGCCGAGCUGCGCAAGGACUGCGGCCGCUGCAAGAACACGCUGGCCCGCUACGAGGCCAAGUACGGCCCGCUGUAG